AUGACCUCCAGUCUCUCAGUCAAGGCGUCAUCCCCGAUCACCACGGCAGAGAUUCAAGGAAAGGAAACUCCCACAUGUUUUGACAAACUUGUUGCAGCUAUAAAAAAGAAAAUCCCUGAGGAGAUCACUGACGUAUAUAUAGAAGUAUGGCCCAAAGAGUAA